AUGAAUAACAGUUCCUGUACUUCAGUCAACUUUAACUUCCAUGAACACAAAAUUCUACCUGCCAUUUAUGCCUUUGUUAUCAUUGUUGGUCUGGGAGGAAAUGGAUUGGGACUAAAGUCGAUGCUGCAAAAAAAGAAGAAACUUCGACACAUUAAUUUGUUCCUUCUGAAUCUUGGAGUUGCUAAUUUUUUAUUCCUGCUAACACUCCCAUUUUUGUCAUCGUACUACUUUAUGGACAGUAAAUGGAUAUUUGGAGAUGCCUUCUGCAAGAUCACAAGAUUCUGCUUCAACUUGAACUUAUACGGCAGCAUUGGAUUCCUCACCUGUAUAAGUGUGUACAGGUACCUGGCUAUUGUCCAUCCACUGAAAGUGAUGGGACGAAUAACUGUGACUCACUCUGUGGCUAUCUCAGUUUUGGUUUGGCUGUUGGUGAUUGUUCAAAGUCUUCCAGACAUCUUCUUCUCCAAAAACUCACCAAAUCAAACUGAAAAAUGCUACCAUACCACCUCUAACGAGUAUGUGGAGGAUUAUCUGAAAUACAGUGUGGGUUGGACAUUGACUGGGUUUGUUAUGCCACUCCUUAUUUUACUUGGCUGCUAUGGACACGUGACUCUAGUUCUCUGUCAUGCAAAUACCAUAAAGGAGGUGGUGAAAAAACGAGUGUUAAAGUUGUUAUUCAUCUUGAGCCUUCUCUUCUCGGUUUGUUACAUCCCCUAUCAUAUUUUCAAGAACCUCAGCCUUUAUUCAAGAGUUUUGUCAAAACAGGGAAAAUGUCCAGAUUGGAAUGAGGGAGUCUUUGGGGCUCAUCAAAUAAGUCGUGGAAUUGUGUGUUUGAACAGUGUUUUGACUCCCCUGGUUUACCUCCAUGUAAAGGAUUUCCCUACUCGAUUCCAACAGCUGCUCCAGCGAACUCGCCAGAUCUUUAAUUGGCCUAAAUCAAGGAGUGGCAGAAUCCCUGUGACACAGUCUGAUAAAGUUUAA